AUGAAUUGUAAUAUCUUUCAGAAAUUUAGGCUUGAAGUGGGCACACAGUCCAUGGAAAUACUCACAGAUGUCUUACAAAAAGAUAGGUCAGAUGCAGAAAUAAUGGGUUAUGCCUUGGAUACACUAUACAAUGUCACAUCUAAUGAACCCACUGAAGAAGAGGAUGAGAAUGCAACAUCAGAAGACCUUGGUGGGAUGUUCACAGAGAUUUUUAUCAAAAAGCCAGAGAAUGUUUCCCUUUUACUCUCUUUGCUAGAGGAGUAUGACUUCCAUGUUCGCUGGCCCACAGUCAAGUUUCUUACAGCUUUAUUAAGUAAUAAAACCAAGGAGGUGCAGGAGAUCGUGCUAGUCAGCCCCAUGGGCGUAUCCAAAUUGAUGGACCUCCUCUCAGACAGCAGAGAAAUAAUCAGAAAUGAUGCACUCUUGCUGCUGAUACAGUUAACUAAAAACAAUGCCAAUAUUCAGAAGAUUGUUGCAUUCGAGAAUGCCUUUGAGAGGCUGCUGGAGGUCAUAUCUGAUGAAGGAGCGACUGAUGGAGGCAUAGUGGUAGAGGACUGCCUCCUGUUACUCUGUAACCUGCUAAAAAACAACACUUCCAACCAAAACUUCUUCAAAGAAGGCAGCUUCAUCCAACAACUGCCCAGGUUCUUCAGCCUGGACUCGUCCAGAGAGGCUGACCAGGUUGGCUGGUCAGCACAGAAGGUGACCAAUAUGCAUUUGUGUCUCCAGGUGGUGAGGACCCUGGUCUCUCCCAGCAACCCCCAGCAGCACACCGCCAUGUGCCAGAAAGUGAUGAACCAGUGUGGACUGUUGAAGCAGUUAUGCAGUAUCUUAAUGGCAAGUGGAGUUCCUGCCGAUGUUCUCACAGAGACAAUAAACACAGUGUCAGAGGUCAUCAGGGGGAACCAGGCCAACCAGGAAUUUUUUGCAUCUGUGAUGGCACCAUCCAACCCACCAAGGCCAGCCAUUGUAGUGCUGUUGAUGUCCAUGGUUAAUGAAAAACAGCCAUUUGUCCUGCGCUGUGCAGUGCUAUAUUGUUUCCAGUCAUUCCUCUACAAAAAUUCCCUUGGCCAAUCCCAGAUCAUCACAACUCUCCUUCCAACUUCAGCAGACGUGAAUACCAUCACAGCAGGUCAGCUACUGUGUGGCGGGCUAUUCAGCACAGAUGCUGUCUCCAACUGGUUUGCCUCAGUGGCCCUCCUCCAUGCUAUAGUGGACAACCCCAUUCAGAAGGAGCAGUUGCUGAGGGUCCAGCUAGCCACAAAUUUAGGAAACCCUCCAGUGUCCCUGCUACAGCAGUGCUGUAAUCUGUUAGCUAAGGGUGGUCAGCUGCAGACUCGCGUGGGACUGCUAAUGUUGAUGGGAGUAUGGUUGUCAGACUGCCCCAUAGCUGUGUCACAUUUUUUACACAACCCAGCAAACGUGCCUUUUCUGAUUUCUCAGGUGUCAGCAUCAGAGGGGGAUGAGCAGGAACUUCUGGUGCAAGGACUCUGUGCAUAUCUGCUGGGGAUAUGCUUGUGUUUUAAUAAUGAAGAUGUGCAAAAUUUUGACAAACCCUCAUUACAGCAAGUAAUAGAAAGGAGGAUAGGAUUAGAAACAUUUACAGAUAAACUAACACAAGUUCCGAAGUAUGAAAGCUAUAAUAAGGCAGCCAAGAAACCACAGUUAACCCACAAACACCCCAGUGAAGUUUUAUUUGAUUUUGAAUUCACAAGGCAUUUUAAGGUCCUAGAAAAUGAUAUAGUGAAAGCUGUGCAACUGGACCACAAAGAAGAGAAGAAGAAACAGGCAAACAUAGAGCAACACGACAGCAUAGUGGCUCAGUAUAAAGAUUUGAUAAAAGAACAGGAUGAAGAACUUUCUCGGGUCAGAAUUCGAUUGAAAGAGGUUGAAGCAAAAAAUGCAGAAGCUGAACAACAAAUGAAGGAAAUGAAGGAACAGAUUCAGCAAGUGAAGGAUCAAAAUGCAUUGCUCAAGGCUUCCAAAGGCUCUUUAACCAACCAAAAUGAAGUAGGAAAAGUCAAUGGUUCUGAUGAAGUGGCCAGGCUACAAGAGUUAGUGGAGACACAGCAAACAGAAAUAGAGGAAAAGAACCAAACAGUAGAAAAAUUGAAAAAUGAGUUAACUAUAGCUGAAGCAAAAGUGUUAGUCCAGAAUGGGGAGGGGUCCAGUGGAGAGCAGGACCCUGCAGACAGUGCAGUAUUACAAGCUACAGUCAACAGGGUGAAAGCAGACAUGGAGCAGUUGCAGCAGUCUCUGGCAGCAAAAGAUACAGAAUUAACAGACAUGAAGCAGAAGUUUCAUGAGGCUGAAAAACAAAUUUCUGAAUUGAGAGAACAGGCAUCACAGAAGCAACAGACAGGUUUAGAUGGAACUGCUGUUGUUGCUGAGAAGGAUGCCAUGGUGACCCAGGUCACUGACUUGGAAAGACAGCUGGCCAUGCUGGAGGACCAAAACAAGAAAGUGUGUGAAGAGAAGACAUCUUUGCAAGAGAGGCUGAAGAAGGCCAACCAAGACAACCUGAACCUCCAGGAAAAGCACAAUAAAAUACUGGAAGAAAACAAGAAAAUGGAACUAGAAAGAAAUGAAAAAGAAGAUGAGGUCAACUCUACAAAGAAAGAAAUGGAGGACCUCCUGGUGCUGCUGGCUGACCAAGAUACCAAACUCUCUGAGUAUAAGAAAAAGUUAAAAGGGCUUGGAGAAAAGAUUGAUGACGACGAUGAUGAUGAUGAUGAAGACUAUGAUGAUGAUGAUGACGAUGCAGAAGAUGAAGAGGAUAAAGAAUGAUACAAAGGUUGAAAAUGUAGACAUUUUUGUUGGCCUUUCAGUGAGAAAAGGGACUGUUUUAACAAUGGGUUGCCAUGAAGACCAGAAAAUUGAAAAAACAGCAUGAACAGAAUGAAAAGAACUGCACUGAUAUAAGGUUUCCCUUAGAAACAAUUUUUUUAAAAAGUAGGGCAACCUUGGCAAUUCAGCUAAUUGUUUGUUUUUUUACUAUACAUUUGAAGAGAUUAAUAUGCAUGAAUUUAAUUAUAGGCUUCAAUCAGGAAAUGAUGUUUGAAUGCUGGAAAAAAUUAACUUAUAAUAAGAUGACCCAUUGGCUGUACAUUACAUUUCUGGACAAGGUUUUAUGUAUCUGACCCAUAAAUUUAGUACCAAGCAUUUUGAUAUUCCGUGCUUUCACCAUAUCAAGACUUAAUUUAUGACUAAGUUUAUAUCGUUAUUGUUAUGUUCUGUGUGUAUCACUGGAUAACGUUUUAAAGGUUUGUUAGUGUUUUUAAUGAAUAUGUUCAAGGUUUAUGAUGAAAUCCGUCAGUUUUGAUGUAAAAAAGUGAAAUGGACAGAUAUAAGGAGGAUGGAUAUGGGGGAGGCUGUGUUGUAUACAGCAUUUGGUGCACCUGGCUAGAAGAUUUACAAGUGCUAAAUGAGUUUCAGCUGUUAUGUGUAAUUGGUGAAUGAGGUGAAUUCUAAGCAUAAAUGUGAAUUUGGAAUGUAACACCAGUUAGACUAUUGCUUCUGACUUCGGAAAAUAUAUUACUGUGAAAAGACAGUGUAACCCCACUGGUAUACUUGUGAUAUCAAGAAUGCAUUAAUAAUACAUUCUUUAUACUAUUGACAAGCUAUUUCUAUUGUGUUUAGGUGUUGAAAAUCAUAUUUGGAGCAAUAUAUUAAAGAAUGAGAGGCGGGUGACAGUUGCCCCUCAAUUAUUGGAAUUGUAGUAAUUUCUUUGCACGGUUAGGUCAAGAUGAGCUGAUCCACACUGUGUAUAAUAGAUAAAUAAAAAAGAUUCUGGCAUUAUA